GUUUGUGAAUUUGGAAAGAGGGGUGGAUAGUCACACAGUCGAGGCAGGAAGGGCCUGAGGAGGGGCAAUGCCCCCACAAUCAAAUUCUACCUGGCCACCACCCAGAAAUAAUUUAUAAACCCAAACAUUACACCCUCAACUUUCUUCUGAUUCCUCCUUUUGAUCCUCGUCUCGCACACCGUUAAUCAGAGCAUUAACACCUGCUGAACUUUUACGUGUCACCCUUCACACAUAUUCUCAACUCAGUCAUAGCUUGUCAAAAUGGGUAAGGAAGACAAGACUCACAUCAAUGUCGUCGUCAUUGGCCACGUCGACAGUGGAAAGUCCACCACUACCGGCCACUUGAUCUACCAAUGCGGUGGUAUCGACAAGCGAACUAUCGAGAAGUUCGAGAAGGAAGCUGCUGAACUUGGCAAGGGUUCCUUCAAGUAUGCCUGGGUUCUGGACAAGCUCAAGGCUGAGCGAGAGCGUGGUAUCACGAUCGACAUUGCCCUCUGGAAGUUUGAGACUCCUAAGUACUAUGUCACCGUCAUUGAUGCCCCCGGCCACCGUGACUUUAUCAAGAACAUGAUUACUGGUACCUCGCAGGCCGACUGCGCCAUUCUCAUUAUUGCUGCCGGUACCGGUGAGUUCGAGGCUGGUAUUUCCAAGGAUGGCCAGACCCGUGAGCACGCCUUGCUCGCCUACACUCUUGGUGUCAAGCAACUCAUCGUUGCCAUCAACAAGAUGGACACCACCAAGUGGUCUGAGGACCGAUUCAACGAGAUUAUCAAGGAGACGUCCAACUUCAUCAAGAAGGUUGGCUACAACCCCAAGACCGUCGCCUUUGUUCCUAUCUCUGGUUUCCAUGGUGACAACAUGUUGGCCGCCUCAACCAACUGCCCUUGGUACAAGGGUUGGGAGAAGGAAGGCAAGGGUGGAAAGGUUACUGGCAAGACUCUCCUCGAGGCCAUUGACGCGAUCGAACCCCCUAAGCGUCCUACGGACAAGCCCCUCCGUCUCCCUCUUCAGGAUGUCUACAAGAUUGGCGGUAUUGGAACUGUUCCUGUCGGCCGUAUCGAGACUGGUAUCAUCAAGCCUGGCAUGGUCGUCACCUUUGCCCCUGCUGGUGUUACCACUGAAGUCAAGUCCGUGGAGAUGCACCACGAACAGCUCACCGAGGGUGUUCCCGGUGACAACGUUGGUUUCAACGUGAAGAACGUCUCCGUCAAGGAAAUUCGACGAGGAAACGUCGCCGGUGACUCCAAGAACGACCCCCCGGCCGGUUGUGAUGAUUUCACCGCUCAGGUCAUUGUCCUUAACCACCCUGGUCAAGUUGGUGCUGGUUACGCUCCCGUCCUAGAUUGCCACACCGCACACAUUGCCUGCAAGUUCGCCGAGCUCCUCGAAAAGAUCGACCGACGAACAGGCAAGUCUGUCGAGAACUCUCCCAAGUUCAUCAAGUCUGGUGACGCCGCCAUCGUCAAGAUGAUUCCCUCUAAGCCUAUGUGCGUUGAGGCAUUCACUGACUACCCCCCUCUUGGUCGUUUCGCCGUCCGUGACAUGCGUCAAACCGUCGCCGUUGGUGUCAUCAAGGCCGUGAACAAGAGCUCCAAGUCUGGUAAGGUUACCAAGUCUGCUGCCAAGGCGACGGGCAAGAAAUAAGCUUGUCUACAACAACCCUACUGCCAGCAUAAGAUGUAUCUCGUUUUCGGAUCAUCAGCUGCCUGGGACUCUUCACGACUUGAAAAAUGCCCCUACACGAAUUUCCUUUAGUUUUACACGAUCUGGUCUCUCGGACGUUUGACUUCGGGGCACAAUAUGAGAGGAAGGGUUAGGGGCAUAUCGCGACAAAACUUUCUCAUCAUGUGCUUUUAGCAAAAAUAGAGUCAUAGACCGUGAUUCUUCUUAUCAGAUGCUUGCGUGAUUGUGA